UUGUGUAUAAAAACUCUUCCGGGUCCUACUACGGGUAUCAGUUGGUCUCUUGCCCUUGCGAGUAGAGCAUAGAUCUAGGGAUUUGCAAUGAAAGUCCUUGCUAUCUUCGCGAUAGCUUUGGUGGCCGGCAUCAAUGCCGGUACCUACACCGACCGCUUCUUGGAACAGUACAAUAAAAUUAAGAGCGCCGGCAAUGGAUACUUUUCCAAGGAGGGAGUUCCAUACCACAGCGUUGAAACUUUGAUUGUUGAGGCUCCGGAUCAGGGACACGAAACCACUUCCGAAGCUGUGAGCUACUAUGUCUGGCUUGAGGCUUUGUACGGCGCCAUCGAAGGAGACUUCUCUGGCUUCAACAAUGCCUGGGACAUCUUGGAGAAGUACACCAUCCCAUCUCUCCAAAGCUCCAACAGCGAAUACGACCCUUCCAAACCAGCCACUUACCAAGCUGAGUUGGACGACCCCAGCCAAUAUCCAUCUCAAAUCGACUCCAGUGUGCCUGUUGGUCAAGAUCCUCUGUAUGACGAACUUAAAAACGCAUACGGCAACUCAGACUUCUACUCCAUGCACUGGCUUCUUGAUGUUGACAACGUUUACGGAUUCGGUAAUGUCCAAGGACAAUGUGAGGCUGGACCUUCUGCUUCUGGACCUUCCCUUUACAACAACUACCAAAGAGGACCUCAGGAAUCUGUCUGGAGAACCAUUCCCCAACCGUCCUGCGACCAAUUCACAUACGGAGGCACCAAUGGGUUCUUGGACCUUUUCACUAAGGACAACGAGUACGCUCACCAGUACAAAUACACUGCUGCUCCUGAUGCUGACGCCAGAGCCGUUCAAGCUGCCUACUGGGCUAACGUUUGGGCUUCUGAAAAGGGAUCCCAAGGAAGCAUCUCGUCAACUCUCACCAAAGCAUCCAAACUUGGAGACUAUCUCAGGUACUCUCUGUUCGACAAGUACUUCAAGAAAAUUGGAGACUGCUACCCAGCAAGUGGAUGUGCAGGAGGCUCUGGAAAGGAAAGUGCUCACUACCUUAUCAACUGGUACUUCGCUUGGGGAGGUUCCUACAAUGCUCAAUACGGCUGGUCUUGGCGUAUUGGAGAUGGAGCUUCUCACUUUGGUUACCAGAACCCUCUUGCUGCCUACGCUUUGGCUAAUGAUGCCUCUUUGAAACCAAAGGGCGCCACUGCUGUUGACGACUGGACGAAAUCUCUCGAAAGACAAAUUGAAUUGUACGAAUACUUGCAAACUGCAGCAGGCCCAUUCUCUGGUGGAGUUACCAACUCAUGGAAGGGACAUUAUGACACUCCUGACUCCGACUUACUUAACGACACCUUCCACGGAAUGUUCUACGACUGGGAACCUGUCUACCAUGAUCCUCCAUCCAACAGAUGGUACGGUAUGCAACCUUGGUCUGCUGAUCGUCUGGCUCAAUACUAUUACGCUUCCGGUGACUCUAAAGCUCAAUCAAUUCUAAAGAAAUGGGUUGAUUGGGUUGACGGAGUGAUCCAAUUUAACGGAGACGACUUUGAGAUUCCCGGAAAUCUUGGCUGGACCGGAGAUCCACCAAACGUGCAAGUCACCAUCGACACUUACUCAAGAGACUUGGGAGCGGCUUCAGCUACCGCCCGUACCUUGGCCUACUACGCUGCCAAGUCCGGAGACUCCAACGCCAAAGCCACCGCCAAGAAACUUCUGGAUGCCAUCUACACUACCUACAAGGACGAUAUUGGUUUCUCAGUAGAAGAAGAGCGUGACGACUACAGCCGUUUCAACGAGAAAGUCUACGUGCCAUCUGGAUGGACUGGAACCUACCCCAACGGAGAUGUCAUCGACUCUUCAGCCACUUUCCUUGGAAUCCGUUCUUGGUAUAAGAACGACCCCAACUGGUCCAAGGUGGAAUCUUACCUUAACGGAGGUGCAGUGCCCACCUUCAGAUACCACAGGUUCUGGGCUCAAGCUGACAUUGCCUUGUCCUUUGGUACCUACGGACUUUUGUUUAACGAAUAAGCUGAUGUGACCUGCCUACAGUUAAAUUGUUAUUAAUAAAUAUUUUUUGCGAA